GGUAUAAAUAGGUCAGACCGCUGGGCUUUCCCCACUCUUCCUGUCUCCCCAACCUUCUCUCUUCAGUGCUUCCCCUCUCUUCAACUGAUCUCGACCGCCACCAUGACUUACCCCCUGGAAAAGGCCCUGGAUGCGAUGGUGUCCACCUUCCACAAGUACUCCGGCAAGGAGGGUGACAAGUACAAGCUCAACAAGUCUGAGCUAAAGGAGCUGCUGACCCGGGAGCUACCCAGCUUCUUGGGGAAAAAGACAGAUGAAGCAGCAUUGCAGAAGCUGAUGAGCAAUCUGGACAACAACAAGGACAACGAGGUGGACUUCCAGGAGUACUCUGUCUUCCUUGCCUGCAUCGCCAUGAUGUGCAACGAGUUCUUCGAGGGCUUCCCCGAUAAGCAACCCCGGAAGAAAUGAGGCUCCUCAGAUGUGUGUGUGUGUGGCGGGGGGCCCUGCCUGCUAGGGUCUUCCCUGUGGGCAGCGGGCACAAAGCCUCACCCUGGCUCCUCCAGACAUGUGUAGGAUGCUGAGCAAAUUCAAUAAAGAUUAUUGGAAACUA